CCUGUCGGCUGGCAUGGCUGGGCUGUGCUUUGGGCAAGUUCUCUUAUCCAGUGUCCCGCAGACACUCCGCCAGGCUCAGGACUGGUGAGGAGAUGGAGAGGGGACCACGGCCAUCUCCCAGAAUAUCACAGGAUCCUGGAAAAUGCAGAUUCUUUUACUUUCGUGUCUUGACCAGUAAAGUGACUUGAAAACAUGUCUGGAUUUCUAGAAGGUAUGAGAUGCUCAGAAUGCAUUGACUGGGGGGAAAAGCGCAAUACUAUUGCUUCCAUUGCUGCUGGUGUUCUGUUUUUCACAGGCUGGUGGAUUAUCAUAGAUGCAGCCGUUAUUUAUCCCAGUAUGGAAGAUUUCAACCACUCGUAUCAUGCCUGUGGUGUUAUAGCAACCAUAGCCUUCCUAAUGAUUAAUGCAGUUUCGAAUGGACAAGUCCGGGGUGAUAGUUACAGUGAAGGCUGUCUGGGUCAAACAGGUGCUCGCAUUUGGCUGUUCAUUGGUUUCAUGCUGUCCUUUGGAUCUCUGAUUACAUCCAUGUGGAUUCUCUUUGGUGGCUAUGUUGCUAAGGAAAAACCCAUAGUAUAUCCUGGAAUUGCUGUAUUUUUCCAGAAUGCCUUCAUAUUUUUUGGAGGACUGGUGUUUAAGUUUGGCCGCACUGAAGACUUGUGGCAGUGAAAACAGCAGACUUCCCACAGCCUGGCAGCCCUGCGUGGGGAUUUUUACCGCUCACUCCCAGGCUUUUGUAAUGCCAUUUUCUAAACUUCCUUCUGAGUGCAGUCUCAGCUUCAAGUUGUAUAAUGCUAAAAUCAUGAGAACUCCCUGUGUAAACAGCCACAAAAUCUCUUGUGGUAUGCAUCUAAUUAACUUAUACAAUGUUAAAGGAAACUUUCACAUGAGUAACUUCUGUCAAGUUUUAUCAUGGUAUAAUUUGUAAAAAUAAAAUAAAUUACAGGAGAAA